AUGGGGGAUGAUCGGAAUACAUCUCAACCUUCUGCCGCCGCCGCUCUGCUCACCUCCGGUCAAGAUGUUGAGGACCAUGCCUGGAUGUUGGUGGAUUCACGCCAAAGUGAGGUCGGCCGCAAUAUAUAUUUGAUCAAGAAAUAUAUGCGCGAACUGUACGACAGAACGGAGAUAGAUAAAUCUCUGGGCAACUGGGCAACAUAUCGAAGAUGGAGAAAUCUCUAG